AACGCCUCCGCCCGCGCUUCCGCCUCGGCGGCGGUCGGCGGGGGCGACCGGGUCUUCGCGGCCCCGCGCCGUGCGGUGGCCCGCCCCCAGCCCCUGUCCCGAGGCUCGGGCGUCAGGGCCACAGACAUCGCCCAAGGGGCCCUUGCCCGCCGAGGCGCCACCAACCCUCCUGCCCCGAAGAGCUGGCCUGACGUCCCCCGGCUCGCGGUACCCGGGGUGGGGGGCGGUGACGCGUGGGGUCGCCCACUUCCCGCGGUGGAGUGUUCAGAUUCGCGUCGGGUCUCGGGUCAGCAUCGCCCCCUGGGACGUUGAGCGGCGCCCCCUUUCCCCGGGGGCCAGAUCACCACUUGGAUUUUGCGGUGCAGCCCGUGGUUGGUCCAGGGCCCGGUUAUCCUACCUCUUCUCUCAAUGCGCAUUUGGGAUCUUUGCCACCAUCGCUAGAAUCAUUCGGCAUCCUUUCGAGGAAUCUUCAGCCUCGCCAGGCAGCUUUGUCGAAUUUACACAGGAAGCAGAUUCAGCACCCCAGGAACCACUGGAGGAGCUCCGCAGGUGCUUGCUUUUCCAAACAGAGAGGGCAGUGCAUGAAGCCAGGGGUCAUCAGCCAUGCUCCAGACUCUGUGGUCCCAGGAGCCAGUGACCUUUGAGGACGUGGCCAUGUAUUUCACCCGGAAUCAAUGGACUAGCCUGGACCCCAUGCAGAGGGCCUUGUACCGGGAGGUGAUGCUGGAGAAUUAUGCAAAUAUAACUUCCUUGGGAGCAUUUCCAUUCCCCAAACCAGAGCUGAUACUCCAGCUGGAGCGGGGAGAGGCACCGUGGGGCCUGGAUCCCUGGACACCCACGGGGGGAGCGGCCCCGGGAGAUGUCCGCACAGGUGGUAAAAACAAGACUGCGAAGGAGGAGCAAACCCCAAGGCCGGACGUUUCUGGAGCAUCGGCGGCCCAGAGACUGGCGGUGGAGGGGCUGCUCCCGGACGGUCCCCAGCAGCCUCACCUUAAAGCCAGCUUGGAGGAGCCACCGCUGUGUGACCUGGGGGCGGACACGGGCUCACACGGAGGGGGUUUCACGGGCUGGCUGGUGCAGGGGUACAGACCCUCCACCAGGGAAAGGGAGGAGCCAGCCAGCACACCGCGGGGAAGCGCCGGUGCCCGUGUCCUGACGAAGCCGGGCCUGCGCCGGGGACCGGCGGCUUACGCGUGCGGCGAGCGCGGCCGGUGUUUCGGCCUGCCUUCAGACCUGCAGCGGCAUCAGAGCGUCCACACGGAUGACAGGCCCUUCGGAUGCAAGGAGUGCGGGAAGGCCUUCAGGUACAGCUCCAAACUGGCCCGCCACCAGAGGAGCCACACCGGGGAGAGGCCUUACUCGUGCCAGGAGUGCGGGCAGGCCUUCGGCCAGAAUUCCCACCUCCGGCAGCAUUGGAAGCUGCACGGCGGCGACAAGCCCUACGAGUGUCAGGACUGCGGGAAAACCUUCAGCUACAACUCCAAACUCCGCCGCCACCGGCGGGUCCACACGGGGGAGAAGCCCUUCCAGUGCGAGGCCUGCGGCAAGGCUUUCCGGUGCAGCUACGACCGCCUCGUGCACGAGCGAAUCCACACCGGGGAGAAGCCCUACGAGUGCCAGGCGUGCGGGAAGAGCUUCAGCUCCGCGUCGCUGCUCGGCCAGCACCGGCGAACCCACACCGGGGAGAAGCCGUACGCGUGCGAGGAGUGCGGGAAGGCCUUCGGCCGCAGCUCCGCCUUCCUCCAGCACCGGCGGCUGCACACGGGCGAGAAGCUGUUCAAGUGCACCGAGUGCUGGAAGACGUUCAGCUGCAGCUCGCGCUUUGCCGUGCACCGGCGGGUGCACACCGGGGAGAGGCCCUACGGCUGCCAGGAGUGCGGCAAGGCCUUCAGCCAGAAGGUCACGCUGGUCCAGCACCGGCGGCUGCACACCGGCGAGAGGCCCUACGAGUGCGCCGCGUGCGGCAAAGCCUUCAAGUGGAGCGCCAGCUUCGUCCAGCACCGCAAGCUGCACGCGCGCCGGGGGGCGGCGGCGCCGGGGCCCGGGCCCCGCCGCCCGGCGCUACCCGCCCCCGCCCUGCCGGGGGCCGCC